AUGUCAACCAAACACUUCAUCAAUGAUCCCACACUACUUGUGAACUCCGCACUGGAGUCCAUCACUUAUACCAACCCCAAAGUCGCCCUGGAUGCUCAAAACAAAAUCAUUUAUCGAAGACCACAAGAUGGUGUUCCCUCGCAAGUCUCCAUCAUCAGCGGUGGUGGCAGUGGCCAUGAACCCAGUUUCUCGGCACUUGUUGGUCCAGGCCUGCUCUCUGCUGCUGUAGCUGGUACCAUCUUCGCAUCUCCCAGUGCCGAGCAGGUCAGGAGAGCCAUCUUGUCCAGAGUCGACACGGACAAAGGUGUUUUGGUCACUGUCAUGAAUUACACCGGCGAUGUCUUGAAUUUUGGCAUGGCCGUGGAAAAGGCCAAGGCCGCUGGCAUCAAUGCUGAAAUGGUCGUUGUUGGUGACGAUGUCGGCGUCGGUCGCGAAAAGGGCGGCAAAGUUGGCAGGCGUGGUAUUGCCGGUACUGUCCUCGUCCAGAAGAUCGCUGGUGCCUUGGCCGCACAGGGUGCAAGCUUGGAGCAUGUUCACAAGGUCGCCAAACUGACAGCAGACAACUUGGUCAGUGUUGGUGCCAGCCUGGAGCAUGUCCAUGUACCUGGCCGAGCUCCGCCUGACCCGAACUCCAAGGAUAAUCUGGGCUUCAAGGAAGUGGAACUCGGUAUGGGCAUUCACAAUGAGCCUGGUUCUGGAAGGGCAGAAGUCGAGUUGCCAGAACUUGUCAGCAAAAUGCUCACUCAGCUCCUGGACCAGAACGACAAGGACCGCGCAUUCCUCAAGAUCAACUCAAACGAGGUAGUCUUGCUCGUCAACAACCUGGGUGGCAUCAGUGUAUUGGAGAUGGGAGGCAUUACCGCAGAAGUAGUGAAGCAACUUGAGAAAUGGGGCAUCCGUCCUGUCCGGAUCUUGAGCGGCACCUACAUGACAAGCUUGAACGGGCCGGGUUUCAGUAUUUCGCUUCUGAACGUGGUCAAUACAGAUAUCGGUGGACCGAGCAUGCUUCAACUUUUGGACGCCCCAGCAGAAGCCAAUGGGUGGGCGGCACCCAUUGCAAAGGAAACUUGGGAAGCAAAGAACACGGCUACCAGAGAAGGCACAGCCGCCUCGGGCCAAGGCGUGAAGGCUAGCGAUCUGAAGUAUGACGCCGCAAAGGCUAAUGCCGCCUUCACAGCCGGUCUAGAGGCUGUCGUUGCCGCCGAGCCCGAGGUCACAAAGUAUGAUACAGUCGUGGGAGACGGAGAUUGCGGCAUUGGCCUGAAGAGAGGAGCAGAGGGCAUUUUGAAACUUCUUUCAAGUAGUCCCCUAGAGGGAGAUGCUGUGUUGGACCUUGCCAAAAUCGUUUCCGUUGUUGAGACUGAAAUGGACGGCACAUCUGGCGCGCUCUACGCCAUUUUCCUCAACUCCCUCGUCCACUCACUGCGAUCGCAAAUACCUGGUCAGGCAUCGCCACAGGUCUGGGCGGCUGCAUUGAAGCAAAGCUGCGAUGCCCUUUCUCGGUACACGCCUGCUCGGCCGGGAGACAGAACAGUAAUUGAUGCCCUCUACCCAUUCGUCGAUACUCUCGAGCAGACUGGCGAUGUGAAGAAGGCAGCGGAGGCAGCCAAGGCGGCGGCAGAGGGGACAAAGGGAAUGAAGGCAAGUCUGGGCAGGACGGUUUAUAUCGGUGGUUCGGGUUACGAAGAGGUUCCUGAUCCCGGCGCUUGGGGUUUGACAUGUUUCUUCCUUGGACUUGCUGGGUUGAAGUCGGCAGAUGAUGGCUGGGAGGCCAUCUGA